CUCUCCAGUGUCCACGAGUCUCCCUCACAUCUUCUCACAUGCGGCCGGAUCCGAAUUCGUUCUCCCGGUCGCCACGUACUGCCCGUCAUUUCCCCGCCCUGCUGGAGUCAUUUCAUAUACGCAGCGCUGAUUAGAGUGUCCGUCCUGACAGAUACCUUGCACUCGUAUCACCGCGGCUUGUACAGCCUCUCGCCGACGUCCAACGAUCCCAACAUAUAUCGAGGACUUGAUCGGCGAAUUGGAAGCACCCCCAAGUUCCCCAGAAGUCAGCAUAACAGAAGAGGUACAAUCUGAGAGGAAACCCCGGCAUGUCAGGGCUGGAGAACAUCGCUGUCGCUCGUGUGACUUGACGUCCGAAUCGGUAGAGUGCGACUGUCGCUUCUCGUCGAAGCAUCCCCUCCCAUCUCUGGCAUCCUCCAGAUCGUCAGGUUGACAUUGGCAUCAAUGGCCUUGUGAGUCUUCUCGACCCCCGACCCUUGUCGCAUGUCUUCGCACAACUUCACCCGCAUAGCCGACAUUUCGGUUGACCCGGUGCGAUCUGAAACGCGCUCUCAAGAAUCUCAUGCCGCACACGACGCCCGUGUCCUCUCGUUAUGGCCCGCGAUUUUGCCACACAGCCUCGAGGUCUCACAGCGCCACGACCCGCCGCGCGAACCCAAGAACAAUAUUCAUAAUUCCACCGAAUUUGGGGAAUUUCCGGCUGCGCUUGGUCCGCCUUGCGCACCCUGCCUUGGUGUAGUUUAAAAGCACCUGGGUCUCUCUCGCUAGAGGACUCCGCCAUCCCACCUUCAGCAGACCCCACUCCUGUUGACUUGCUGCCUCCACGCUCUUUUGGUCUUAUUUUGUUUUUCAUUCUUCAAUAGAGUCAAACAUGACUGUCGCUUCGCCGCCUCCUUCAUCAUAUCGCCCGACCAGUAUUAUCUUCCCCGACCUAAUCUCGCCUUGUCCAUACCCACUCCGUGUCAACCCACACUGCCAGCUCGCCUCCGCAGAGUCCAAACGAUGGCUCAUCCAGGGGUGUCGACUCAAGAAGAAGAAGCGCGCUGCGUUUCACGGACUCAGAGGCGGUCUCCUCACCGCGAUGUGCUACCCUCUCGCCGACUAUGAGCAGCUCCGAGUGUGCUGUGACUUCAUCAAUUACCUCUUCCAUCUUGACAACAUCUGCGACGAGAUGGACGACCGUAGGACAGUUAGCACCUCAAGCGAGAUCAUUGGUGCACUUCGGGACCCGCGUGGCUUUCGCGCCUCGUCAGCAGUGGGACGACUCACGCAGAGCUUCUGGCGCCGGCUUACUGCGACGGGUUCCCAAGGCGCGCAGAGGCGAUUCAUCGAGACGUUCGAGCUCUUCUUCCGCGCAGUGACCCAGCAAGCAAAAGAUCGCGCGUCUGGGAACAUCCCAGAUCUCGAGUCAUACAUUGCCAUGCGCCGGGAUACAAGUGGGUGCAAACCGUGUUGGGCCCUCAUUGAGUACGCAAACAACCUCGAUCUGCCAGACUGGGUGAUGGAGCAUCCUGUCGUUCUGGGCUUGGGUGAAGCCGCGAACGACUUGGUCACGUGGUCGAACGAUAUCUUUUCGUACAACGUGGAGCAAGCGAACGGCGAUACGCACAACAUGGUUGUGAUCGUCCAGCACCACGAAAAGCUCGAGCUCCAAGAGGCCAUCGACUACGUCGGGGACCUCUGUCUCGGAUGCAUCGACCGCUUCGACGCCCUUCGCAAGGCUCUUCCCUCGUGGGGUCAAGAGAUCGACGAGCAGCUGAACGUAUACAUCGAUGGCCUCGGUGACUGGAUGAUCGGCAACCUAAUUUGGUCGUUCGAAACCGAGCGCUACUUCGGCAAGGAGGGUCCCCAGGUUCGCCACGACCUGUCUGUCCGCCUCCUUCCCCUUCGCAAAUGAUGGCCGGACGAACAGGCGGUGCGGCCUUCUUUGUGACCGAGAUCCCGUAUGCACGCGUAGGACUUAGAUGCCGGUCGAAAAGCCCUCGGCCCUUCUAGCGGGGUCGUCCUCGAAGCAGUCUCUCAGGCUUAUGGACCGCUCAGAGUCGGCAAUGCGCCCGGCGAUUGAGAUCUACUUUGACUUCCACUACCACCGAGCCACGGAACCUCGCGACUACCGGCUGUGAACGUUCCCGUGAACUCCGUACACCUAAAAACGGACGCGUUGCGCGUAUUUCCGAUCUCCAUUCUUCCUUGUAUCCGUCGUCUCGUCUCGUCAUGCGCUUCGAUUACAGCAUCCCUUCGUUCGUCUUGAUGUUCGCACUCGGACACCGUCCUCUUCCUAACAUCUUAGCAUCCCGGCCCCCAUCGUGGAAGGCCUUUGGACGUCCAUUCGUUCAACGUCGUUCUCUUGAUAUUCUCUCCCUUGGUCUAUUCAAUUCGCACCAAAGAUUGCUAAUCGUAGACUUGUCGAUCUGAGUCUCCGUCUCCUCCCUCCUGUAGCAUGGUUCACAUAUUUAUUCUCCUUUCGGAGUCUCUAUCCUAUAUAUCGCCUAUGUUUCUGUCCACGAACAUGAGGGUAGCGACCUCAUACGCACGCAUGCGUCUUCAGCAUACGCGUAAUUUAUAGACACCUUUUGUUACUCUUUCCUCAUCUUUCC